UUUCUGCUCUCCCUGAUGUUUGUGACAGUGGCAGAAAGCCCACCAGCAGCGAUGUCCAGAAAUGGGUACUUUUUUGAAGAGACUGGUUACCUUAAGUGUGACACAGAUGACGGCUGCGAGAACAAAGAAGAAGCAGGAGGAGAAGAGCUCUUUGACACUGUAAACUCUUCAAUCGUGUCCGGGGACAGUAUCCGGUUCUUUGUGAAUGUCAAUUUGGACGUACAACAGAAUGUAGCUGCUGAAAAUGAAAAUGCUGGCUGUGUGUUGUUACAUACGUCUCGGAAGUACCUGAAAUUAAAGAACUUCGAGGAGGAAGUCCGAGCCCACCGGGACCUGGAUGGGUUCCUGGCCCGAGCUAGCAUCAUCCUGGAUGAAACGGCUACUUCCUUGGAUGACGUACUGCGGGAAAUGCUGAAACACUUUGCGGAAGAUCCUGACAACAUGGAGCCAAGCUGCAACUUUGAAAAAAUCAUGAGCACUUUAUUUACCGAUUCAGGAACCCCUCGGGAAGGGAAUGUUCAUCUCCUAUCAGAUACAAUUCAGGGGGUCACAGCAACGGUCACGGGAGUGCAGUAUCAACAGUCCUGGCUCUGUAUCAUUUGCACUAUAAAGUCCCUUCAGCGACGUCACGUUUGCAUCAGCCGCCUGGAGAGGCCUCAGAACUGGGGAGAAAACUCCUGCGAAGUGAGAUUUGUGAUACUGGUGCUUGCUCCUCCGAAGAUGAAAAGUACAAAAACUGCCACGGAAGUGGGUAGGACGUUUGCCACCAUGUUUUCAGAUAUAACUUUCCGGCAGAAGCUUCUGGAAACAAAAACAGAAGAAGAGUUUAAAGAAGCUUUAGUCCAUCAACGCCACCUCUUGACUGUGGUGAACCAGAGACCCUCGGCAGUGAACGACGGGCACAAAACGCACAGCCACAAGCCGCUCAAGUUGCAUGACUUUUUCAAUGUUGGCAAGGGGAUUUUUGAUGACAUUGCACGAAGAUUUCCAGUGUACGCUCUGGACUUCACUGACGGUAUCAUUGGUAACAACAAGGCCAUAGGGAAGUACAUCACGACAAUGAUCUUUCUGUAUUUUGCCUGCCUCCUACCAUCUAUUGCCUUUGGCUCCCUGAAUGAUGAGAACACAGGAGGAGCUAUUGAUGUGCAGAAGACGAUCGUGGGGCAGUGCAUCGGAGGACUGCUCUACGCUCUGUUCUCGGGGCAGCCUCUAGUUGUGCUCUUAACCACGGCUCCUCUAGCGUUGUACAUUAACGUGAUCCGAGGAAUCUGCGAUGACUACAAUUUGGAUUUCAGUGCUUUCUAUGCCUGGAUUGGACUGUGGAACAGUUUCUUCCUUGUGCUGUAUUCCCUCUUUAAUUUCAGCCUUGUAAUGAAGCUCUUUAAAAGGUCAACAGAGGAAAUCAUUGCGCUUUUUAUAUCCAUCACAUUUGUGUUUGAUGCCAUCAAAGGCAUCAUUAAAGUUUUUAAGAAAUAUUACUACCAGGAGCCCGGAGGAGAGAGUUACUUGAAAAGCACACGGAUGGAAGCCCUUCCAAGCCUUGACGUCAAUACUACCUUCUUGAUGAACUCCUCUGCGAGCAGGUCCAUGUCCCUAGGGAAUCAGACGGGCGUGAAUGACGUUGUCCAUUAUGGGCGCGAGACUGCUGUCCUGAGUCUCAUGUUGAUGUUGGGCACUCUUUGGCUUGGCCACACGCUGUAUCAGUUUAAGAAGAGUCCCUACUUGCACGCCAGAGUCCGCGAAAUCCUGUCCGACUGUGCCUUACCCAUUUCUGUUCUAACCUUCUCCAUUGUGGGAUCCUAUAUCUUCAAGGAAAUAGAAAUGUCCAAAUUUAACUACAACCCCUCUGAGAGCUUGUUUGUUCUGGCUCCAGUCCGUUCCCUCUCGAUCGGCUCCGUGAUGAGUGCAAUGGGCCUGGGGUUCCUGCUUUCAAUGCUGUUCUUCAUAGAGCAGAACAUCGUGGCAUCGCUCACAAACGCUCCAGAGAACAGGUUAGUGAAAGGAACAGCUUAUCACUGGGACCUCCUCCUUGUAGCUCUGAUCAACACGGGGCUGUCUGUCUUCGGGCUGCCCUGGAUCCACGCGGCGUUCCCUCACUCCCCGAUGCACGUCCGAGCGCUGGCCUACGUGGAAGAGAGGGUGGAAAACGGGCACAUCUACGAGACCAUCGUGAGCGUGAAGGAAACCCGACUGACCAGCCUCGUGGCCAACUUCUUGGUGGGGCUUUCGCUCUUGCUGCUGCCUUUCCCUCUGCAGUGGAUCCCGAAGCCAGUCCUCUACGGCCUCUUCCUGUACAUCGCCCUGACCUCCAUUGACGGGAAUCAGCUCUUCGAGCGAGUGGCCCUCUUGCUGAAAGAGCAGACUGCUUAUCCACCGACCCAUUACAUUCGCCGAGUCCCUCAGCGGAAAAUCCACUAUUUCACAGGCUUGCAGGUCCUCCAGCUCUUCAUCCUCUGUGGAUUUGGGAUGUCGCCGUUACCCUACAUGAAAAUGAUUUUCCCUCUCAUUAUGAUAGGAAUGAUCCCAAUCAGGUAUAACCUGCUUCCUAGGAUCAUUGAAGCAAAAUAUUUAGAUGCUAUGGACGCAGAGCACUGAAAACGAACCUCGGCUCUCGGGACAGUUAGCUGCGUUUCAGACGGAAAGGACCCGGCAGCCUCGCUGAGAUGUAGAAAGACUUACCUGAAGUUCUCUUGGCUACAACUCUCCUGACUCCUCUUUCUGCUCUAGUACGGCACUCAGUGACAGACUAUCAAAGACCAAACGAGCUUUCAAGUGUCAAACCCAAACCGUAUUGGAUUGGCAGGCCAGUGCUCUUCAGAGAUUUGAGGCAAGCAAGCUUUAUGGAAAUGUCACCUUCUACAUCCCCCUCCAAACCGGAAAUCCCAAAGAUCGACCUUCCUAUCUGGAUUGCACUUUGCUAGGGUUGCUACGUUCCCUUGUUUAAAGGGGCAAUCCCUCUUUCUUUAUUUUCUUUUUUUUUUUUAAAUACACAGGGUCCCACUUCCCAGAACACUCUUGGUGUGUAAGGAUGGCAACUGACCCUUAUUUUACAGCAUUGCAGUAUAAUUUGGGGCUAGGAUGCAGCGUCCCAAAUAUCUACUCUUCUUAAGCUGACCUUCCAAGUGGGGUAGCUGAUGCCAGAAGGGAUGUCUAGCCAGCGCUUCACACUGGUUGAUUAGGGAAAGGGUUGGAAUUGGAAGCAUCUGGGGGUGGCUUUGUACCAGUUCAUCUAAGGCUGUAAAGUGUGUUGUAUUUAAUUUCCUCAAAUGUACCCGAAAUGCUCAGAAGCCGGAUUGGUGUUGUGAUGCUGACGGAGAACUCGCAGCUGGGUCUCAGCCGCUCGGGAGUUGUUGGGGAUCUGCUUUAUACCC